AUGAGCGUCCACGUGUCCCCAGUGGAGGGGCUGUGCCUGGCCGGGGGCGGAGGGCUCGCCCAGCAGGUGCAGGUGCCCGUGAGCUCCGCCCGGCCCGUUGGCUUCUCUGUGGUGCCCAUCGCAGCUGCUGCCGUGUCCCUGAAGGUGGUGGCUCGAGGAUCCUUAGAUUUCCCUGUGGGGGACGCAAUAUCUAAGAUUCUACAGGUCGAGAGAGAAGGGGCCAUUCACAGGGAGGAGAUGGUCUAUGAACUCAACCCCCUGGACCCCCGAGGCCGGACCUUGGAAAUUCCUGGCAACUCUGAUCCCAAUAUUAUCCCUGAAGGAGAUUUCAAGAGUGUCGUCAGCGUCACAGCCUCGGAUCCACUGGAAGCUUUGGGCUCUGAGGGGGCCUUGUCACCAGGAGGCGUGGCCUCCCUCCUGAGGCUUCCCCAAGGCUGCGGGGAACAAACCAUGACCCUGUUGGCUCCAACACUGGCUGCUUCCCGCUACCUGGACAAGACCGAGCAGUGGAGCAUGCUGCCCCCUGAGACCAAGGACCGCGCCGUGGAUCUCAUCCAGAAAGGCUACAUGCAGACCCAGGAGUUUCGAAAAAGAGAUGGUUCCUAUGGGGCUUGGUUACAUCGGGACAGUAGCACCUGGCUCACGGCCUUUGUGCUGAAGAUACUGAGCUUGGCCCAGGAUCAGGUAGGCGGCUCUCUAGAAAAGCUGCAGGAGACGGCCAUGUGGCUGCUGUCGCAGCAACGGGAUGAUGGCUCAUUCCACGACCCCUGUCCUGUUAUCCACAGGGAGAUGCAGGGAGGCUUAGUGGGAAGCGAUGAGACUGUGGCGCUCACAGCCUUCGUGGUCAUCGCCCUUCACCACGGGCAGGCGGUCUUCCCAGACAAGAAUUCAGAGCAGUUGAGGAGAGUGGCCCCCGAGGACCUGCAGAGUGUUGCCCACAACAACCUCAUGGCCAUGGCGCAGGACAUCAGUGAUAAGCUGUACUGGGGCUCAGUCACCACUUCUCCAAGCAACGUCCUGUCACCCACUCUGGCUCCCCGCAGCCCAGCAGACCCCAUUCCCCAGGUUCCAGCCAUGUCGAUUGAAACCACGGCCUAUGGCCUGUUACACCUGCUGCUAUGGGAGGGCAAGGCUGAAUUGGCUGACCAGGCUGCAUCCUGGCUGAGCCGCCAGGGCAGCUUCCAAGGGGGAUACCGCAGCACCCAGGACACUGUUAUGGCUCUAGAUGCCCUGUCUGCAUACUGGAUCGCGUCCCACACCACCGAGGAGAAGGGGCUCAACGUGACCCUCAGCUCCUUGGGCCGCAGUGGGCUCAAGUCCCACGUGUUGCAGCUGACCAACCACCAAGUUCACAGGCUGGAAGAGGAGCUGCAGUUUUCCCUGGGAAGCAAGAUUAACGUGGAGGUGGGAGGAAACAGCAAAGGAACAUUGAAGGUUCUUCACAGCUACAAUGUCAUGGACAUGACGAACACGACCUGCCAGGAUCUUCAGAUUGAAGUGACAGUCAUGGGCCACGUCGAGUACAUUAUGGAGGCUGAGGACGACUACCAGGAAUACGAGUAUGAGGACUCUCCAGCGGGGGAUGACCCCAAGGCCCACUCCCGGCCCGUGACACCCCUAAACCUUUUGAGAAGUGGAGGAACUGCUGUAAAAUGGAGGCCACCAAGGUGGCUAAGGAACUGGAAUCCAGGGUGCAUCCAGUAA